AAAUACAAAUUAACAAUUAUUCAAUAAAAUAUAUGUUUAUUCGAUUGAAAAAACAGAACAUAAUAUAUAUAUAUAUAAUAAAUUAAAAUAUGUUUUAGAAUCCAUUUUUCAGAUCUAGUGGAGCAUCUAGCCCAAAAAAUAAUUCAUAAUCUAAUCCAUCAAGACCAUCUGUGUAGGAUAUUAUGAAUAAAUAUAAAAAUCCUUUAGAAAGAGUAUCACAUGUUGAUGAAUAAAUAUUAGGCAGUCUUAACGAAUCCUCAAAUGUAGUGAAUUAAUAACAAAUUAUAGUUUUUAAAUGAAUAAUCAAGACAUGAUAAGAUGUUUCUUAAUCCAAUCUAACCAAAGUUUGAUUUGGAUCCACCACCAAAAAAAGAUGCACUUGCUCGAUUAACCUUUGGAGAAGAGAACAAGAAAUUUGAAUCAUAAAAAUUACAACAUUAGCGUUUACUAAAUGAAAAUGAUCUCUUUGAUGAUAUGUCUCAUUUAAAAGAUAAAGUAUUAAGUAUAUUAAUCUUCAAAUAUCAAAGACAUGUUAGAGAGGUAUUCAGUAGCUUUGAAGGUUCCAGAAUAACAUAAAUAAAGGAACAUUAUCAAAUAACAAUUAGAAUUAGAUGCCAAUCAAGUAGCAUAGGAAUAUUCUUAAAUUGUGGAUAAAUUUAACAAUCCAGAUUUAUCUGCUAUUUCAAUUGCUGACAGUACUAUACCAGCUUAAAAAGUANACAACACAGCAUGUAAUUGUUAAGUUCACAGUGGAUUUUUGGAUGCUUUUAAUUCAAUUAAAUCUUAAGUUGAUACUUUGUUCACUAAAUACAGAGGAAUGUAUCCAAAAGCUAACAUCCAUGUAACUGGUCAUUCUUUGGGAGCUGCUAUGGCUACUUUAUAUACAACUGAAUUAGCUAUUGCUGGAUAUACAGUUUAAUUGACUACCUUUGGUUUACCAAGAGUUGGUGAUACAGCUUAUUAUAACUAUUUCUCAUCAUUCACAAAAGUUACCCAUUUCAGAGUUGUUCAUGAUAAGGAUGUUGUUCCACAUGUAAAUAUUAUAUUAGAUAAUCAUAGGUUCCACCCGAAAACUUUGGAUUCAAUCACGUUGAUAGAGAAAUCUGGUAUCACAAGACUUCAUAUACCAUUUGCUAAUUAGAUGAAGAUCCUAAUUGUUCAGAUUCAGUCCUUGUUCCAUCAAUUCAAGAUCAUUUGAGUUAUAUGGGAUUUAGUUCAACUGUGGAUUGUUGAUAUUUAAAAUACAAAUUAACAAUUAUUC